AACACGCCUACAUUUAUCUUCCGCAUGUGUACUGAAAGUAUCGUUGUUUAUAAGUGAUACGAAGUAAGCCUAGCAAAAUAUGUAGCUGUAUGUGACUGUGUGGGAUUUUACUUCGUAUUUUCACUCUGUUCUUGUCUUUGAAACAAUGAAAUAGAUGCAACGACAGAACCUAUCCUUAAACUAAACUCUUGGAUAGCUUGUGGCUUGUUAUGCUAACUGGCUAGCAGACAGUAUACAUGUGAAGAAUGGAGAAUUCUAACCAUAACAGCAGUAUUAUGGACAUGUUUGAAAAGGGCAAGGUCCUGAAAAUAUGUGCUCCGAUGGUACGAUAUUCAAAGCUGGCAUUCAGGUCCUUGGUGAGGAAAUACAACUGUGAUAUCUGCUUCACCCCAAUGAUAGUGGCUGAUGACUUCAUGCGAUCAGUCAAAGCCAGAGACAGUGAAUUCACUACCAAUGAAAGUGACCGGCCUCUGAUAGUGCAGUUUGCUGCCCAUGAUGCCCAGACUCUGGCUGAUUCAGCCUGUGUGGUAGCACCUUUCUCAGAUGGAGUUGACCUCAACUGUGGCUGCCCCCAGAGAUGGGCUACGUCAGCUGGGUAUGGUGCAUGCCUCAUCAACAAGCCUGAACUGGUGAAAGACAUGGUCACACAUGUCCGAAACCAAGUAGACAAUCCAAAUUACACAGCAUCCAUUAAAAUAAGAAUUCACAAGGACCUGAGGCAGACAGUAGAUCUGUGCCAGAAGGCUGAAUCAGCAGGAGUCUCAUGGAUAACUGUUCAUGGCCGCACAGCAGAAGAACGCCACCAGACAGUCCAUUAUGAUGCCAUCAAGUUAAUCAAAGACAGUGUGUCCAUCCCUGUCAUUGCCAAUGGGGACAUAAAGUACCUUCGUGAUGUGGAGUCCAUUCACCAGCUCACUGGUGUCGAUGGUGUUAUGGCUGCACGGGGGUUGCUUGCAAACCCUGCCAUGUUCAGCGGCUACGAGGAUGCCCCUCUGGAGUGUAUAUGGGACUGGGUGGACAUGGCUAUAGAGCAGGGCACUUCAUUCACCUGCUUCCACCAACACCUUAUCUACAUGCUUGAGAGGGUUAGCUCCAUGCCUGAGAAAAAAGUUUUUAAUUCUCUAUCCAGUACCUCAGCUGUCAUAGAUUACCUCCAAAACACAUAUGGGUUGGUGCGUGAUCUGGCAACAUGAGAAUAUUAAAAUGUGAUAUUUUAGAUUUUAACAUUUUAACAUUUUCUUGUCUCUGUGUCUUUUUUUUAUGCCAAAUAAAACUGCUAAGCUAUU